AAAGAGAGAAAAUCAGAGAGGAAAAAUAUUAAUAAUAAAAGAGUGAUUUUGUUUUGAAAAUUGAGUGUUGGUGUUUUUUCAAGUCUAUUGUUUGCCUCGUGGAGUGUGGACGAUCGGCGCAAGUGUGUUUGUGUUGGCUGAGGGAACAACAUGGAUGUCCUAAUUGUCUUUAGAUACGGAGAGGUGUCGCCGCCGACGUCGUUGUUGCCAUGGUAACGAGGUGUGUGUGGUUCCCCUCAUCGGCACCAUGAAUCACGUGUCUAGUAUAACCUCGUGAGGGUAGUGUGAACGUUCCGGCCGAUCCUCCAGCGCGUCGGGAGGCUGACACGAGAGAUCUCCGGUUGGGCUUAGCAUCAUGUACCCUGCGGCCAUGAAUGCGGCGGUGGCUGCUGCUGCCGCGAGCCGUCACCCGGGACCGCAGCCGGGCCAGCCGUUCAAGUUCACCGUGUCCGAAUCCUGUGAUCGAAUGAAGGAGGAAUUUAACUUCUUGCAAGCGCAGUAUCACAAUAUCAAAUUGGAGGCCGACAAAUUAGUGCAAGAGAAGUCAGAGAUGCAGAGGCAUUAUGUUAUGUACUACGAGAUGUCAUACGGCUUAAACGUGGAAAUGCAUAAACAGACUGAAAUUGCAAAGCGAUUGAAUGCAAUACUAGCUCAGAUCAUGCCCUUCUUAUCCCAAGAGCACCAACAACAGGUCGCCGCGGCCAUCGAGAGGGCCAAGCAGGUCACCAUGACAGAACUGAACGCCAUUAUUGGGCAGCAGAGAAACGAGUUACCCCGAAUUUUGCAACAGAUGCAGGCUCAGCAGGCAGCGCUCCCCCACGCAGGGCACGCGCCCCCCAUCCCCCUGGGCCCCCACCCCGCCCUGCCAGGAAUCCCCUCCCUGCCGCCCUCCUCUGCCGCAAGUCUGCUGUCGGGGUUUACAGGCUCGCUGGUGGGGCCGGCGAACCACCCGCUCUCCCUGCUCAGCUCGAAACACCUUCUGCACAGAGACGACAACACCCCAGAAAGACAUAGAAGCAGCAUCUCUCCUAGCGCUGGAGAUAAAUACCGGGGGAGAUCGCCGGAACCUGAGCCCAAGAAAAUCAAGAGAGAGGAGGGACAUGAUAGAGAUGGGGGGAAGAGCGAUCACCAUGUGGUUGUGGACGAUUCUCAGGACUCGGUAAGCCCGGCCGUCAACGGAACCACUUCGCCUCGGGAGAACGGCGUCGCCAAGAAGACCCCGCCCCUCGGCUCCGUCAGUCCGCGGAGCUCCGGAAGCUCGUCGUCGACGCCGCAGGCCCGGAAGGAGGAGAAGCCCGGGUCCGCUGCGCCCUACCCAUACCCGAGGCCGCCCGCACACCCGCAAGCUGCCCCGCCCUCGUCCCUGGACAUGCACGUGCGAACGUCCUCCCUGCACGCCCUCCAGGGCGGCAAGCCGGCGUACAGCUUCCAUGUGAGCGGCGAGGGCCAGCUGGCGCCGGUGCCCUUCCCGCCCGACGCGCUGUUGGCCCCGGGCAUUCCUCGGCACGCGCGGCAGAUCAACACGCUGCACCACGGCGAGGUGGUGUGCGCCGUCACCAUCAGCAACCCCACCAAGUACGUGUACACGGGCGGCAAAGGCUGCGUCAAGGUGUGGGACAUCAGCCAGCCUGGAUCCAAGACGCCCGUGUCGCAACUCGACUGCCUACAACGUGACAGCUACAUCCGGUCGGUGAAGCUGUUGCCCGACGGCCGGACCCUCCUGGUUGGCGGCGAGGCGUCCACCCUCAGCAUCUGGGACCUGGCCACGCCCACGCCCAGGAUCAAGGCAGAGCUCACCUCCGCCGCCCCCGCGUGCUACGCCCUGGCCAUCAGCCCCGACUCGAAGGUGUGCUUCAGCUGCUGCAGCGACGGCAACAUCGCGGUGUGGGACCUGCACAACCAGACGCUGGUGCGGCAGUUCCAGGGCCACACGGACGGCGCCUCCUGCAUCGACAUCUCGCCCGACGGCACCAAGCUGUGGACGGGCGGCCUGGACAACACCGUGCGGUCGUGGGACCUCCGCGAGGGGCGCCAGCUGCAGCAGCACGACUUCACCAGCCAGAUCUUCUCGCUGGGCUUCUGCCCGACCGGCGACUGGCUGGCCGUGGGCAUGGAGAGCUCCAACGUGGAGGUGCUGCACGUGAACAAGCCCGACAAGUACCAGCUGCACCUGCACGAGUCCUGCGUGCUCUCCCUCAAGUUCGCCUCGGCCGGCAAGUGGUUCGUGUCCACGGGCAAGGACAACCUGCUCAACGCGUGGCGCACGCCCUACGGCGCAUCCAUCUUCCAGUCGAAGGAGUCCUCGUCGGUGCUGAGCUGCGAUAUCUCGUCCGACGACAAGUACAUCGUGACGGGCUCGGGCGACAAGAAGGCCACCGUCUACGAGGUCAUCUACUAGACGCUGUGCAGCCGCCGCAGCCCCGACGGCCGCAGCCCGGGGCGAGAGGCGUCAUCUACCUUUGCCCUGCUCAAGCGGGAGACCAGAGCUCCCCUCCCCCUCCCCCUCCGCUACCACGCCCAAGGAGAAUUCGGUGACGUCAUCCAUGAAGUUGUCAGUCACACGGCCAUCCAAAACACCCAUCGACCUCCAAGUCACCGCCAUCGUUUCACGCCGCCAAGUUUUCUCACACU